GAAGACACUGGGAAUCAUCAUGGAAUCCCUCAACGACAGCUUGGACCUAGUCAUGAUGAUGGACGAAUCCUUCCAAAACAACCACUCUGAUGUCCUGAACGAGACUAUCACGUUGGAGAAAGAACUUUUCGAGUUGAAUCAAACUUUCAAACCUGUCAUCGAUUAUUUACUCUUGACCAUUUUGAUUGUCAUCAUGCUGGCCAUGGGCUGCGAGAUCACGUGGACUCAGUUGAAAUCUCAUCUUGUCCGGCCAAUUGGAAUCUCCAUCGGAUUAGUGAGCCAGUUCCUCAUCAAACCCUUGGUAGCGUAUGCACUUAUGAGAAGCAUCAACGUCAAGGGACUCCAUGCUACAGGUGUCCUCAUCAUCUCCUGUUGUCCGGGUGGGGUGCUUUCGAACGCCUUUACGUACUUUUGUGAUGGAGAUCUUCCUCUAAGCGUGGCAAUGACUUCCUUCUCCACCCUUUUAGCAAUGGGGUUAAUGCCCCUAAAUCUGUGGAUUUACGGGCGAAGUUUUGAGACGCAGAGUCUGGUCCUGCCCUAUGGAAACCUGGCUCUCUCCCUAGUCCUCAUUACUGCGCCGGUCGUGAUAGGCAUGUUCCUGCGCUGGAAGUGGCAGAAAUUAGCAGGCAUUAUCAGCAAGGUAAGCAGCUACUUGGGCAUCGUGAUUGUCUUGAUAUGCAUCAUCCUCGAGGUGAUUGUCUUUCCCAACAUGUUCACUGGUGUGCCUGGUAAACUGUAUGGUUUGGUGUUGCUAUUGCCCCUGGUGGGCUUGGGCUUGGGCUUCGGAUCGGCAUUUAUGUUUCGACAGACCAUGUCCGUAAUGAAGACCAUCGCUAUCGAAUGCGGAAUACAGAAUGUGCCCACAGCUCUGACUAUCAUCUCCUUGUCUUUCGCACCUGAGUUGCAAGGAGACAUCAUUUUACUUCCUUGGUUGUAUGCCUUUGCCAUGAUGAGUGCAUGCACUGUCAUCUGUUUUACGUACCAAAUACACAAGCGCUAUAUCAAGAACAGAGCAAAGAAAGAAGAUAUCUAUGUGGUAGCUAAACAAGAUACACUACCUAUGGAAAAAUGCCCAGCCUAGAGAGUGCAGAUUAUUUCAAGAUAAAGGCUUUACAUUCGAGAAAGAGGGUGAAUGGCAGAAAAAAGGAUGAAUGUGCACCAGAAGCAGGUGAAAAAUUUUGCCAAUUGAUACAGUUGAUGCAAGAAAUCUCCAGACGGAAUUUCAAAUACAAUCUGAAAAAGUGUGAUUUAUAUGAAUUUUGCUACAGCUUAUGUGGUGCAUGAGCUUUACUAGGCAAUAAUAGGAACUAUGUGAUACCAGUGAUAUAUUUUGAUUCAUUUAAACAUGAUAUUUUUUUAAUUGUGAUUCAAAAUGGAGUCAUUUGAAGAAGCAGUAUUUUGUGUCCUGUACAAGAGCUUGAUAAAGGAUAUUGAGAAUCGAAUUCCAGUAGAAAAAGUUAUUAAAUAUGUACUUCGGAACAACGACACGCUCAAAAAUAUCAGUUUUACAAGAAGUGGUUCUAAAGUUUCCCUGUUACUUUCUAAGUCUAUGAAACUUUUGCACCCAAUGUUAUGUUAGGAAUGUACAUAUAAAUUUAAAUUAUUUUAAUUUUUCUGGAAUUAUAAGUGACAUUGGCUGCUAUAAAUAGAAAUACUUAUUGUUGAAAAAAGAAAAGAAUUGGAUUUAGGUAAAUGUGAACACUAUAACUCAAUAUUAGAGCACUAUAUCACAUUGUUGUUACUGCCCUGAAAAGUUUACUUUGUAGACAGAUUUCUAUCAUAAAUUUCUGUCAUAAAUUAAAUUUGAUCAAAUUUCGACAUAGUAAGUUGUUUCUCCAAAGUAUGGAAUACUCUACAUUUCCUCAACCCUUUCAGUUAGCACAGUUCCUCAGCCAUUUAUACAAUAUGUGUUUUCAUUGGCCCUUAUGCUUACAACAGCCUAUAUAAGCCUACAACAAAUGACUUAUUCAGUAUUGUUGCUGUAUUUUUUUACAUAAUUAAAAUAAAUUUGAAACUUUAAUAAUAUAUUUUGAUUUAAGUUAUUUUGUAAAUAAUUGAAAUUAGAAAAUAUAUACAACUGGUUAAAAACAUGUAAAUACAAUUUACAUUUCUUACUUACUUUGUAACUGUGUCCAUUUUCUUUUUUUUUUAAUUACUUGUCACUAUUUGAAAAUUAAAAGCUCACUUGAAAGUUUCAAUUAAUUAUCACUUGAAAGUUUAAAUAAACUUCAUUGAUCAAUUCACGGCUUCAAAUGACAAACAGAUGUUUGUGUAAACUAUUUUAAAAUGUUAUUGCAAACUAUAAUUUUUUCAAACCUUUUUAUCAAAAAUAAUAAUAAUAAUAAUGAUAAUAAUAUUAUGAUUGUUACUCAUCAACCAUUUUAAAUCUGUUUUUGUUGUAAAUGUGAGGACAUAACUGGCUUUGACCGCAAGAAAAAGUGUAAUAAAUGCUGCAAUAAAUUGCAGGCCCAUGUUUUGGGGUUUUAAGGAACCCCUUUUCCAAUGCAGAAAAGAGUGAGUUAGUUGAUGUAAUUGUAAAGAGUGUUCCUUGAAAUACCAAAACGGGGUGUCUGCAAUUUAUUUCAAAUGUGGGCAUUUAUUAUUGUUUUUCUUACUGUUACUUUGUAGCACAAAUGUAUUUAUUAAUUUGUUUGUAUAAUAUGUUUCCCAUGUAUUUUCACUGCAUGUUACAACUUGUAAAAUAACGUGGCUGUAAAUAACAUUUUUCAUUUUAAACUUUGUAAAUAAUAAUCAACAUUGACAAUGUCAGUUAGCAUAUGUGUGUGCGCAAUACAAUUUCAAGAAUUGUAAUUUAUUCAAAACAAGUUUGAAAUGUAUUUUAUUAAAAAAUCUGAUGAGUUGAAAUAUAGACUUAGUCAAGUUGCUAAGCUGAUUUUGUAAUUAGAAAUGUAAAUAAAGAAUUAUGUAUAAAAAAAAAAA